UUUUUCCCCUGUUAUCCGCUCUCGCACACACACUCCAUAUUCUGCAAUUCAUCCCCCCUCUCUCUAUCAUGCACACACACUCUCUCUCUCUCUCAUGUAGGAUGGGAUGAGGGAGUAGCACAGCUAAGUGUCGGUCAGAGAGCUAAGCUGACGUGUUCUCCAGACUAUGCAUACGGAGAAGAUGGCCAUCCUGGAGUCAUUCCUCCUAAUGCAACUCUCAUGUUUGACGUGGAGCUACUGGGACUGGAGUGAAUGAUGGAUCCCGAGAUUUUUGCAUGCGAGAUUUUUUUAUUAGUAAAACUCACUGUCUCUGAAUUUGAUUAGAUGUCAGCACGUGACAUUGCCAGCAGCA